GCAGGUCUUUCGGCUGAAUCAGUUACUGGGCGGUGUUUUUGAGGGAGUUGCAGAUGACUUUUACCCAUUCAUAGUAGUCAAGAAAAAAACGAUGUACUUCAAUACGAGGAUGUUAUCGCGUUUACUGUCAAUGGAAUUUUGACUCCGGACGCCUUACGAACCGAAUCUGGCGCUACUCAGCUGAUCGGCGAACAAAAUCGCAGUCGAAAUGGCGGGGUUCGACCCGUGGACGAUACCACCCGACUCCCGGGCAAAAUUUGAUGCCCAGUUUCUUCAGAUGCAGCCUGUAGGGGGGCUCAUCACAGGUGAACAGGCCAAGAAACUUUUCCUUCAGUCUGGAUUGCCUCCUGCUGUCCUUGCAAAAGUCUGGUCCCUGGCAGACAUGGACGCGGAUGGCAAGAUCAACCGGCACGAGUUUGCAGUGGCCUUGCAUUUGAUACAGAUGAAGCUGAAGGGCCUGGAGUUGCCCGCCAUGUUGCCUUCUUCCUUGCGCUCUCCGCCUUUUCCCACGGGGGCAUUCAGCCCCACCUUCGGGCCCCCACUAGAACAAGUGGUGUCCCCGGUGGCACAGCCUCUAGUCAACGCAGCUCUCCCGGGGGCUGCCUUCCCCGUGGCAUCGCCCCUGCCGCCUCCAUCCAUGGUGGGGCCGCACGUUGCACCGCUGGGCAUCGUUCCAGGGGCCGUGGGGGCGGGCAAGCCCUACACCCCUGGGAGUGCGACCCCUCCCGCCCUGACAGAGUGGGCGGUGCCGCAGCCUUCCAAGCUCAAGUACACGCAGCUGUUCAACUCUCACGACCGCAGCCGCAGCGGGUUCCUCGGCGGGGGUCAGGCCCGCACCAUCCUGCUCCAGUCGGCCCUGCCGCACACGGUCCUCGCCCAGAUCUGGAACCUUUCGGACAUAGACUCUGAUGGCCGUCUGACCUGCGAGGAGUUUGUGCUGGCCAUGCACCUGGUGGACUGUGUGAGGGCAGGGGACACCCUUCCAGCCAAGCUGCCUCUGGACCUGAUUCCACCAUCAUACCGGCGCCAGCGCUCGGACAGCGUGCAGUCCACAGGCUCGUCCGGCACGGAGCUGUCGGGCCCGGCGGGGGAGGCCCGGGCGGAGGAGGAGAAGCUGCGCAGCCUGGCGACGUUUGAGGACAAGCGGCGUGCCAACUUUGAGAAGGGCCAGGCGGAGCUGGAGAAGCGCAGGCAGGCCCUGCUGGAGAGCCAGCGCAAGGAGCAGCAGGAGCGGGAGCGCAAGGACCGCGAGGAGCAGGAGAAGAGGGAGCGCAUACGGCAGGAGCAGGAGAGGCGGCGUCAGCUGGAGCUUGAGAAGCAGCUGGCUCGGCAACGAGAGCUGGAGCAGGAGAAAGAGGAGCAGAGGAGGAAGGCGCUGGAGCAGAGGGAGGCGGCCCGUCGGGAAAUGGAGCGCCAGCGCCAGCUGGAGUGGGAGAAGCAGCGGAUGCAGGAGCUGCUGUCGCAGAAGCAGAGGGAGCAGGAGAACAUGAGCCGGCUCAAGGCCCACAAGACCAGCAUCUUCCUCCAGCUGGAGCAGAUGGAGAACAAGAUCAACGAGUCCAACCUGAAGCUUGCCGACACUAAAAAGGGCGUAGCUGAGAUGAAGGCCUGCAUCGACGAGAUGAGGCUGGAGAGGGACGCCAAGAUGAAGGAACUGAACGAGACCAAGCUGGAACUGAAGGAAAUCAGUGACAAGAUGCUGCUUCUAAAUCAAGAAAAGCUCAGUCAUCAGGGACGAUUGAAAAUGGCAGCAGGUGGCUCCAACAAUACAUAUUCUCUAGCAAUGAAUAACUAUGGUAGCAAAGAAAUUUCACUCAACAUGCUGCGCACGACUUUGUCGAACAUAGAAAAGGAAACUGAGACGAAGCAACAAGAUGUGAACAACAACAAUGCCCAACUCAAGGAGUUGAAAGAAAAACUGUCCGAGCUGGUGCAACAGAACGAGCUCCUGUUGCAAGAGUUCACGCAGAAGAAGCAGCAAGUCAUGGCCUUGAAGAAGCAAAAAGGAAAUGUUGCGUCGGUCGACGCGUGGAACGAUCAGUCGGAAUUUGCACCUGUGGACUCCUGGCCAGGAGAUGGAGUGCAACAGACCACUACAUCUACCGGUUUGGUCAAGUACAGAGCUCUCUACGCCUUUGAAGCACGCAAUGAGGAUGAACUGUCAAUAAUGCCUGGGGACAUAGUCAUGGUUCAGGAGAACCAGCAUGGGGAACCGGGGUGGCUCGGGGGAGAGCUGCGGGGCAAGACAGGCUGGUUUCCAGAGUCCUACGUGGAAAAGCUGGUCUCCACCCCGCCGGGGGCCUUUGCGGAGGUCCCGGGCGAGGCCGUGGCUACCGCCGCAGACGUGCUCACCGCGGCCGAGACCGUCCACAUCGUGGGAACAGAGAUGAAGAGGACCCUAGAAGGAAUUUCCGAGGCUCCAGAAAACGGCCGGGAGCACGCCGUCGAGCUCGCCGCCGCCCCGGAUGUUCUGCAGCCCUCGGAGAACUCCUGCUUUACCCAGCUGCCCAGGGUGCCCCCCAUGGACACCACUUCGCCCGUGCCCGGAGAGGGCCAGGCGGCUCCCCAGGGUUUGCAGGCCCAGGCCCUGUUCCCGUGGAGGGCGAAAAAGGAGAACCACCUUUCCUUCAACAAAGGGGAUGUAAUCACCGUCAAAGAACAACAGGACAUGUGGUGGUACGGCGACUUCGAAGGGAAGGUUGGGUGGUUCCCAAAGUCUUACGUGAGGCUUGUGUCUGGGCCUAUGAAGUCCUUCAACAACAAUCAAAUAUCCGAUUCUCAGGAGUUUGGAGAUGUACCUCCGGAACCUCCCAGUGACUUCCCAGUGGUGAGCGAGCGGUACGUGGCCGUCUACCCGUACCAGUCCCAGGAACCAGGCGACCUCAGCUUCCUCGCCGGGGACGUGCUCAUUGUGAACAAGAAGGAAGGGGAGUGGUGGACGGGGACCAUCGGGGGCAUGACAGGCAUCUUCCCCAGCAACUACGUCCGCCCGUGCGAGCCCGAGGCCAACAACAAGGGCAAAAAGAACUCCAUCUCUGAGGAUUUCAUUCCAUCUGCCACCACAUUGCCAACUAACGAAGAAGUGGGCCUCUCGGGACAAGAGCCAUCGAGGCCAGACACUCCACAAAGUGAUGCAAAAGCAAAGAACAUGAAGCUGACCAAGAAGCCGGAGAUAGCGUCGGUGAUUGCCCCUUACAAGGCGACCGGGCCGGAACAACUUACCCUGGAGAAAGGGCAGCUCAUCCAAGUGCGCAAAAAAACGGAAGGUGGCUGGUGGGAAGGAGAACUACAGGUCAAAGGAAAGAAGAGGCAGUCGGGAUGGUUCCCGGCAUCUUACGUGAAAGUCCUCGGAGGUAGCGGUGCAAGCAGCAGCAGAAGUUCGCCUGUGCCCACUGCAUUCGCUUCCAGUACUCAAGGGGAGCAAGUGCGUGCCCUGUUCCCAUUUGUGGCCCAACACGAGGACGAGCUGUCAUUCCAGAAGGGUCAGGUGGUGACGGUGCUGAGCAAGGAGGACCCCUCUUGGUGGAAAGGGGAGCUGGGCGGACACGUGGGACUCUUCCCUUCCAACUACGUCGAGCCACUGGAUCGGGCUGACAAGUGUUCCGGGCUCCAGGACAUUCUGUUCAGCUCCUCCCUGAGCACGCGCGAGAAGAAGAGGCAAGGCCACAUCUACGAGCUCCUGUCCACGGAAGAGAACUACCUGAAGGACCUGACCCUAGUCAAGGAGGUUUUUUACAGGCCAAUGAAACAGUCCACUCUUCUAACGGACGAUGAGGUUAAACUGAUCUUCGUAAACUGGCCAGAGCUCAUCAUGUGCAACACCAAGAUGCUCAAAUCGUUUCGAGUACGACAGCGAAUGAGCGAGAACGGCAUCAUAGAGAUGAUUGGAGACAUCCUCUGUGAAAAUCUACCGUACCUUAACCCGUACGUGAGGUUCUGCAGCUGCCAGGUCCGAUCCAUGGCCUUCAUUCAGCAGAAAUCCGAAAGCGACCCCCGCUUCAAGUCCUUCACCAGGGAUUUCUGCAAGAACCCGAAGACCCGCGGCAUGCCUUUCACCAGCUUCCUUCUGAAGCCAAUGCAGAGGAUGACCAAGUACCCACUCAUGAUUAAAAAGAUUCGCGAGUACACGGACCCGACGCACCACGACCGCGGCUACCUGGACGAGGCCCUGGAAAAAGCGGAACAGCUCUGCAACCAGAUCAACGAAGCGGUCAAGGAGCGGGAGAACUCGGACCACCUGGAGUGGGCGCAGACGCAUAUCCAGUGCAACGGCAUCUCGGAGAAACUCGUGUUCAAUUCAACCACCAACGUCCUCGGCUCCCGAAAGUUUUUGCACUCGGGUUCUCUCACGAAAGUCAAAAGCGGGAAGGAGUUGGUGGGAUUCCUUUUCAACGACUUUCUGCUGCUCUCGCAACCCGUUCGAGACCUGGGGAGAGUGACCAACGUAUUCAUGUCGGAUCGAGCCAUGAACACUGCCUACAGGCUAUACAAGCAGCCUCUAUUCCUGAACACGGUGAUGGUGCAGGACACCUCGGACGGAAGUCCCACGGACGACACGUUCCAGAUCUCGGCUCCCGAUUACAUCUGCGUGUUCCGAGCGGCCAACCCAAACGAAAAGUUGCUUUGGGUGAAGAAGAUUAAAGACGCCGCGCACAACUACCGGAACACGGAAGCCAAGCAGAUGAAGGUUUCGGCCAAGAUGCAGAAACAGAGCGGUGUGGGCCGCUUGCUAGUUGUGGUUGUAGAAGGACGUAACCUGAGGAACGGGUCUCCCCAGGGGCAGAUCGAUUCGUACUGCGAGGUGAACAUGGCCUCCCAGGAGCACAAGACGCACGUGGUGUCGAGUACCACUAGCCCCCAGUGGAACACGUCCAUGCAGUUCCUGGUCAGGGACCUCCGGCAAGACGUCCUCUGCGUCACCGUCUUCAACAAGGAGCUCUUUUCGCCCAACGACUUCUUGGGCCGCACCGAGGUCCGGGUGUGGGACAUCGCGCAGGAGACGCGAGAGAGCCACGGGCCAAUCACCAAGCAGCUCCGGCUCUACGAGGUGGACCAAGGAGAAGUGCUCAUCAGGCUGGACCUGCAGAUCUUCGAGUGACGGCUCGAGCCGCCGCCGCCGCCACCACCAUUCACUAGUCCCCCCGAGGCAUUCCGUCAUAUCAUAUCUCUAUAUAGGGUGUUUUCAUGAGUUUAUUAUCGUUUUGUGGAUUGCAGCGAUUGGCUCUGCCAAUUGCAUUGCGGGAAAGGGGAGGGAAGGGGGCGCUCCAGGUGUCUGAAGAGUGUGUGUACGUAUGUGAGGGUGUGGUGUGAAUCCCUGGAAUGCUGGCGUUUGGCACGCACUACCGGACCAGGCCGUAACGACGAAAUGGGGGCGAAAUUACAUCGGUGGAAACACCCUAUGUACACCCGUGCAUCGUCUUUUCUUUGCACGCGCACAUCUUGUUCUUAGCGUUUCUAUGCCUUCUGUACCUUGCCUUGUUAUCUACCUCCUUUGUUCGUUUGUUUUUAAUUCCGUAAAAUGUUCACCAAUCACGCGGAGAGAUGGUGGCGCAAGAUUAUUUUUUUUAGAGUGUGAUCUCGAAUAAAACGACGUCUGUUGCGGAACA